GGGCCGGAAAAGCUGGCGCUGGAGCGAGAACCGGAGUGGCUGUCCCGGGCGCGGGCAGCUGUGGCGGUGGGUGUUUGACCCCGGCAGCGGGCGGGCCCAGGACUGGAACUGCUACCCGGUACUUUUUUUUUUCCUGAAAAGAAUUGACCAUGUCAGAACAAAAGGAAGAUAUCUAUACAGACUGCCAUCUGUGAAACCUUUGAAGACGUGUUUGAAAAGAGUGUUUUAAGUCUAUAGGGAGCAUCUCUGGACCGAACAAUGGUGGAAAAUGUUUCGGAAAGGCAAAAAACGUCACAGUAGUAGCAGCUCCCAAAGUAGUGAAAUCAGUACUAAGAGCAAGUCUGUAGACUCGAGUCUUGGGGGACUUUCAAGAUCGAGCACUGUGGCCAGCCUUGAUACCGAUUCCACCAAGAGCUCAGGACAAAGCAACAACAACUUAGAUACCUGUGCUGAAUUUCGAAUAAAGUAUGUUGGUGCCAUUGAGAAGCUGAAACUCUCAGAGGGAAAGAGUCUUGAAGGGCCACUAGAUCUGAUAAAUUACAUAGAUGUUGCCCAGCAAGAUGGAAAGUUGCCUUUUGUCCCUCUAGAGGAAGAAUUUAUUAUGGGAGUUUCCAAAUAUGGCAUCAAAGUAUCAACAUCAGAUCAGUAUGAUGUUUUGCAUAGGCAUGCUCUAUACUUAAUCAUCCGGAUGGUGUGUUAUGAUGAUGGCUUGGGGGCAGGAAAAAGCUUAUUGGCCCUGAAGACUACAGAUGCAAGCAAUGAAGAAUACAGCCUGUGGGUUUAUCAGUGCAAUAGCCUGGAACAAGCACAAGCAAUCUGCAAAGUUUUAUCUACUGCAUUUGACUCUGUAUUAGCAUCUGAGAAGUCUUGAAUUCUGCCAUCAAGUGGAAGUCUGCCUCAUGUGAAAGUUCAACUGUUUUCUAAAUAGUUUUGUUUUCUAUCUGUAAUGUUGUACCAUUAUUGAAAAUAUGAAGUAGUCACUUGCUCUAUUUUUUUUUUGAAAAAUACAAUGUAUAAAACAUGAA